AGUGACCCCGUAAAAAUAUCAACUUAAUGGAAUCGACACAACCGUCCUGAGAGUAAACAAAAGGAUUUACCGAGCUUAAACAUCUAUAUAAGAUUCCAAAAUGAAGACUCUGGGGAAAGUAUGGAUUUUCAUCACUCUGUAUGCUUUUGCUGUUGGUGAAGGUGAUUUAGACUUCAUUGAUACGGAUGGUGUCAAUGAUCCAGAAGCUGCCUUGAAGUGUGAUGCCUGUAAGGCUGUGACAUCUAAGUUUGCAGAGAGUUUUUCUAAAGCACAAGGUGACAUGAGCAGGACUAUAGCUCUUAAGGAUGAAGAAAUUGUUGAGGCUGCAGAAUCAACAUGUGAUGAUCUUUGGCAAGGGUAUGGGAGCAUUAAAGUGAAUGAUGAAGAGCGACUGACAGGUCCUGGUACAAAUUUUGAUGUUCAUCAAGAUGAAGCAGAGGAGGAUGAGGGCCUUUGGUCAAGAAGACUCCAGGAUUUGUGUGAUGAGUUGUUAGCUGAAGUUUCAGAUGAAAAAGUGCUGUAUAAUCUCUGGGCAAGUGAUAAUUCUCUUGAAAAUUAUUUGUGCAGGGGUGAAGGAUUGUUUGGAGCUUGUUCAUCAGAUUUCUGGGGAUCCUGGCCAGGUGAAGACUAUGAAGACUACGAUGAUGGUGAUGACUUUGAAUACACACAUGAUGAGUUUUGAUCUUCUUAAUUUUUUGUGUGCAUUAGCAAUAAGGAGAUUGAGCUGUAUUUAGGCAUUUCAUGUUUGGAAUUUUUAGGCAUUUCAUAUGUAGAUUUUUUAUAGUAGCAAAUCACAAACUAUUUUCUGAGUGAGUUUUAUGUGAUAGAUAUCAUCAUAGUGAUUUUCUGGUCAAGAUGUCUAGUGUAUUUGCCCAUUCUUUCAUUUUGAGAUUAAAGCCUGUGUGUCACAGGAUUUUAAUGGUCCAAAAAGAAACCUUUCUUUCUUCUUGAUGUUUCUCUUUACAAGAAAACAAGAAAGCCAGGUUGUAAAGUCUUUUCUUUUAUAGUUUUCAUUGACAUGUUAUGGCAGGAAGAGCUUUAAAAAAUUUAACAGCUUGCAAAAUAUUGUGUUUAUUUCUAUAUAAUUUGUAAUGAAGUAACACAGAUAGAUUAGGAGCCUAUGUGGGUCUCAAUAGCUAUACAAAGAUGCUACAUGAAUAUUUUUUGCAACAUGUUUGAGGUUGCUCAACUCAAAAUAUUUUUUAUAUUUUAGGCAAAAAGUAGACUAUAUUUCAGUGAACAUUAUUUGCAACAGAGUGCAUGUAUAGUUCUUGAUCUAUAUGGAUAUCUUGAAUUAUGUUUUUCAGUUCAUGAAUAAGUCAAUAAGGAUCAUGUUUAGGACUUUGUCCCUUAAAAUUAUUGAUUACUCUGUGUUCACUGAUAGUUAAGACUGUGCCUCCAGGAUAGAAAGUUUAUAAUAUAUUUGGAAAUAUAAUGGGUUCUAGAUGUGGUCAUUUUAGGUAUUUGUUUUUAUUUAUACAUUUUUUAUGUAGUAGCUGUGCUUCGUGCUGUAGAUAUAACCUGCACUUCAGGUUUAUCAGUUUCAUUACCAGUCAUAGUCAUGAAUAUGUUUAACAUAUUACAGAGUGUAUUGCAUUCCAGGAUAACACAUACAUAGUAUAGGGACCAAAAACAAUAAUAAAUGUCAACAAAAAUUAAAACGGUGAAGCACAGUUUUAUUUAUUUCAGCUAGAAUGGCACAAAUGCUGAUUAGUAGUUAAAAAAAUAAACAAUCCUGUACCAUUUAAAGUUUCAACAUGAAAAUCAAUAUAGAUUAUAGAUGGAAUUGUAAAAUGGUUUAACAUUGCUUGAUGUAUAAUUUACAUUUGUAUUAAACCUAUUUAUUAAUUUUCUGUUCACAAAACAUUAUUGUUUAGUGAGUUGUAAAUCUAAAUCACUAACCAAACUACUAGUAGAUGAGGUUUGUAAGGAAUAAUUACCAAAGCUUUUAUGAGUCAAGUGUUGUAGGAUAUGAUUGAACACACCAUCUUCAAGUGCUUUGUUAAUGGCACUCCUAGAGAUGAUCAGAAUUUUCAGUCAAUAUAACUCUUUUAUAUGAUAAUUGUUUACAUAACUAACAAGUCUAACCAUGCAAGGAGGUUUGUAUGGAAUACCAAAGUGAUUUUUCAAGAGUUUGGGUGAUGUAUAGUAGGUGGGGUUAUCAGUGUUUUUUUUAUUAUUAUUAUUAUUGGAUAUCAUGCAUACUUACUACUAGGUUUAAAGUGACAUAGUUUAUAGACCUUGGUUAAUCUUGAAUCAAAUAAUUUUCAGUCAUUUAGUUUUAUUUUAUAGGUUGAACUUGGGAGAGUUGUUGCAAUCAGCAUUUAUCAAUAUGUAUAUUGAUUUCACACCAUUCUAUAGCAAAGCUCUUGUGUAAUAGAAAAGAGCAAAUUAACCAGAAUAGGAGAUUUUGAUAACUCUUGUUAGGAUUUAAUUUUAUGACUGUUGAUUGAACAUGUUUUUAGGUAAUGCAGUGUAAUGAGGAAAAUUUGAAAAUAUGUAUAGUUUAAAAAACCUUUUUGUUUUGUUUGGAAAAUUUGGUUGCACAGAUACUUGUUGCUGCUACUUAAAAGGCAGCUUUAUGGUAUCACCUUUUCUUGUAGCGGUUGUAAGUGCUUGCAAUUAAUUCUUCAUAAUUAAAAAAACAACAACCAUUAUUUAAAAAUGCAUGCUUCAUUGGAGAAACAAACCAACACAAAAGAGUUUGAAAUGAGACAUAAUUAUAACAAUAGGAGAAAUACUAAUCCAUGUUGUUUGGAAACAGAUCAAAAGAGUUAAACCAAAGUGGAUCCACAGAUUUAUGUACAUUGUUGAUUCCAAAUAUCACUGGUUAGUGUUUCUUUCAUUGUUUUGGGCAUUUCAUUAAUUUUUUGUGUAUCCUUUAAUCUUUUUUAGGGCUCAUUAUCAGGUGUUUAACAUAUUUCAGUAAAGUUUCCCUCAUGUGAAUAAAAAAAUAUCGUUUAAAUGCCCUAUUUUUUGGCAUAUAGGACACAAUUCUGUAUAUAAUGCAUCAUAAUUGCAAGCCCAUUUCAUUUUAAAAAAUCUACAUUUACCUGUUUGUAGUUUGUAAGAUGUACCAAUACACUAUAACAAUAUACAGUAUCCUAUGUACUUAAGAGAGCAUCUGCUAUGCUAUGUGGUGCCAAUGAUUCUCAUACAGUAGUGCAUCUUGGUGUAUCCAUGCUCCUUAUACUUGAAAUUUGCAGUAUGCUCAGUACAGAUCAACAGACUUGUUUAUUUUUAUUAUGUUCUUUAUGGGUAUGACCCUACUGUUGUUAGUACAAUGUCAAAUAUAGAUUAAUUAAAGAAGGGUCCCUCUAAAGGACACUCAUUCUGCAGUUAUGUUCUAUGAUUAAGUAUUUUUUAGAACCUAUGAGAUAAAGAAAAUAGGCCCCAGAUAUCACAUGUUUGAUCUCACUAUAUCCCACUUAUUGUAAUGCAAUUUGUGGUAUUUCUAGGAUGGCCCAAAAAUUAAACAAUGGUGCAUAUUAUGCAGAAAAUUUUCAUACAUUUUUCAUAUAUGCCAAAAAAUAGAGUAGCUUUUCAAUUUAUGAAACAGUUGUUAAUUUUCAAAACUGUUUUGCAACCCAAGUGUGUUUAGAAGCAUAGAAUGCCUACUCUUAUCAUCUAGAUCUAAGACUUUUGAUAUUAUGAAGGUCCACUUUAAAUAUUUAAAUGGAAUACAAUUGCUGUCAUUUCAUUUGCAGUACCAGUGCAAAACGUUUCAUAUUGUAUUGUAUGAGUGUGUAGUGCUUUAUUGUUGUAUGUUUUAUAAGUGGUCAGUAUUGUUAUAUAGUAUUUUUGAUAUUUGAUUUUUAAAGUUAUUUUUCUGGUAUAGUCAUAUAUGUCACCCCCCAACUCAAAUCUUUUUGAUUAAGAUUGAUAAAGUCAGUUAAUUUGACAAAAUUACGUUUUGAUAUUUUUAUGUUCCAUACAAAUAUAGACACUGUUAGAAGCCCAAACUAAAGCAUUUCCUGUGUUUAAAAAAAUAAUGCAUUGUAAUUCAUAAUUAGUAAAUUAAUAUAUAUUU